AUGAUUAACAAGCUCCUCCACGGCCCUUCAUUCAUCAGUGGCGCUGCACGCGGAAUCGGAAGGGCCACGGCUUUUGCCUUUGCGAAAUAUGGAAGCCCCCAGCUGGCCCUUGCUGACAUUGAUGCCGUCGCGUUGAAGCAAACGAUCAAAGAGCUGAAGAAUGCCCACCCAAAUGUCGAAGUUCUGCCCAUCGAAUUCGACGCAGCCAGUGCAGACUCGACAGUAAAAGCUGUGGAAGCUGCAUCUUCGGCCUUUGGACGGAUCGACCACGCUGUAAACAAUGUCGGCAUUCCUGGUCCAAUGGGCCCAAGUGUAUCUGUCUCAACCGACGAUUUUAAGAGAUUGCUUGACAUUAACUUGACGAGCAUGUGGAUCGCUCAAAGAGAGCAGAUUAAGUUAAUGCUUCAACAAGAACCAAUUCAGCAAGAGUUCGGCAAAGUCCGUGGCACGAUUGUGAACUUGUCGUCUGUUUGGGGCGGGUUUGGCUCCAGAAACUUUGCUUCGAUGGCGGCUUAUGUUACAAGUAAACACGGUAUUAUAGGCUUGACGAAAAGUGCAAGUCUACCACCCUUAAUGUCCUCCCCUGGAGGCGGAACUGAUGCGAACCAAUACGCGGCGGAGCAUAUCCGGAUCAAUGCCAUCUGUCCUGGCUAUACCAUGACACCCAUCAUGGGCGAUGUUGGACCAGAAAUACAGCGAGCGCUUGACGAGGGAAUGCACCGAACAGCGAUGAAGCGGUUUGCUCAACCCGAGGAGCUUGCGAAUAGCAUUACGUAUCUGAGCUCUUGGAUGAGCUCCUUCAUGAGUGGCGAGGCUAUGUUGGUCGAUGGGUGA